AUAUGCGGAAUCGUCUUGACCCCGCGAGACCCGCACGACCGCGAGACGGGCGCAAUCGGGGAUCGUCCCCAGUGAACCAGUGCUGCAGUGUAACGAUACCGCAAAUGUUGCGUGCGUGCGUGCCGUGCGUGCGUGCAUACAUGCAUACGUGCGUGCGUGCGUCAUGUCGGUUUCAACGCGCAAAGUUCACGUCGCACGUCAGGGCCGCAUUUACUCCUCUUGUCGUCCCCGUUACAACACGUUCCCUUCGGGAAUUGCCAUAAAUUUCGAUAGACGCGACAAAACGUGCGUGUUUGCUAAAUCAUUAUAAUUAAAUAUAUUAUAGUGAAUCAAACUAAAAUAAAAUAUUUAUUAUCGAGCCGUAAUACAAUCAAUGCAGUUUCGCGCGAAUAACUGAAUCUCCAAGACAAGAAAUCUAUACGUUUCUUUCUUUCCUGCUCCGUCUAUCGUUCUCAAGUUCGCGAAAUUGUUGAUCGAAAACCCGGUUUUAUAUAAGAACCCGGGCUACUUUGGAGCCGCGUCGCGCGGCGGACGGUAACACGCGUGCGCGCUAUAGAGCGAGCCCGCUCUCGCGUGCGCUUUGCGUUAUCGGGAUUAUCAAGAGCUUCGCGGAUACGUCGCGCUAUCGGCGCUAUCCGCCCGCGGAUACCACCGCUCUAUUGGCCGCGGACGCCGCGGUGCGGCCGCGUAGUCGGCCGGUCCGCCGCGACUUCAAUUAUUUGUGCGGCAUGCGCGCGGCGGCCGAGGACUCUCGCACCGGCUCUCGUUCGCGAUCGCUGCUCGUUAAUCGCUGUCCAUCGUCGCCUCGAUCUGAGCCUCGCCAUCGCGACAGCAUCGACUCUACGCCGGCUGACACCGUCCGGUAGCGCGCAACGAUGCUGAGCCUCUUCGAGAGCGUCGCGUACAUCCCGAAGCUCUACUACGGCGCACUGCUGGGCAUCGGUUUCUGCAUCUACUACCUCUACGAGGUCGUCAAGACACCCUUGCUGGUUUGCGCCAAUGGACCAUUCCGCACGUUCUUGGAAGCCAACAUUCCGCUCGUGCAAAAUAAAUUCUGGCCGACGUUGUGGUGUUUCGAAUCGCGAGCACAAACCAUUAUAGCCAGCAUUUUGAGAUCCCGGUUAUUGCCACCUGUCGAAUAUCGUAGAGAAAUUCUUGCUUUGUCCGACGGGGGUGAAGUGGCCUUGGAUUGGGCCGAGAAAGAUUGCUCCAUCACGUCGCCGAUCGUCGUCAUUUUACCUGGUCUCACGGGUGGUAGUCAAGCGGAAUAUAUCAAGUGUCUGGUAUCAGCCGCGAGAAAAAAUGGAAUACGAUGCGUGAUUUUCAAUAACAGAGGCUUAGGUGGAUUGGAACUCAAGACUCCACGAACGUAUUGUGCCGCUAACUAUGAUGAUUUAAGUGAAGUCAUAGAACACGUGAAAAAACUUUAUCCUCAUGUACCUCUCGGAGCAACUGGGAUCUCCAUGGGAGGGUUGAUCUUAGGUAAUUAUUUAGCCCAAAGAGGUCUAACAGCAAGGACCAAAUUGAGAGCGUGUCUCAUUAUCUCGGUGCCAUGGAAUGUGUUCGCAGCGACGAAGAGCACCGAGGAAAAUUAUUUUAAUCUAAUGCUGAAUAAGCAUCUAGCCAGCAAUCUAUGUCGCACGAUAAAGCGACAUCAUACUUCUGAUAUUGGCCCUUUGGCCAACGUGGAUAUCGACACUGUUCUUAAGAGCCAAACGAUAAGAGAAUUUGAUUCGAAUUUUACGGCAAGGCACUUUGGAUACAAAAACGUCGAUGAGUAUUAUAGUAACGCGACACUUCACGACAAGCUGCAUCUGAUCCAAGUACCGACUUUGUGUCUCAACGCGGCAGACGAUCCGUUUCAACCGUUGCAAGCGAUACCUCUGAAAGAGAUAAGCCAAACCAAAAACGUGGCCGUAGUGGUAACGUCGCGCGGUGGGCACAUUGGUUUCCUGGAAGGCGUUUGGCCGGUCAAGGAGGAGCAAUAUAUGGGAAAGUUCUUCUCACAAUUUUUCACGGCGAUGUUCACCAACGACUUUGACUAACAGGAAGCUUGAUAUAUCUAUAGAUCGGAAUCGAGUAAAUGGUAUCGUAAGCGUUAACACUGAUUGCCUUGAUUCGUUAUCGUCUAGCAUCAAGAGAUACGUGUCACGAUACCGGUUAUCUGUUUAAUUUUCUGCAAGCUAAAAUGUGAUCACGUUUAAUUUAACAUAACAUCUUUUUAUCAUUUUUAUAUUAUGCUGUAACGCAAAACUUGGAAUUGCACUUUAUAAGCUUGAAAGGGCAACUAAUUCCAAGUUUUGCUGUAAUGUAAUGUUUGUGAAGUAUUAAAUAGGCUCUACACUUAUCAA